AUGGCCUAUCAUGCCUUCAAGCGCCAGAGGGAACACGAGGAGCUAGCGGACUAUAGCGAGGACUUGAUCCAUGAGAAGAAGAAACACCGCGCUCUUCCCCUUCGCACGUCUCCGAAAACCGGCCAGCGCUUUAGCUUCAGCCAAGCGGGUGAUAUCGCGCCCUCGAUCGCCAUCUCAGCCCUGACACCUGUGGAGUCCUCGGACGAUGAAGUGGAUCUCAACAAACAAUUCCUUUCCAACUCGGGUCAUACCAGCGUUCAACAACCCCGGAUAGACUCCCCUGCGCCUCCGGUUGCUCUCGACACGCCCAUGGAGAUAGAUGCCUGUGAAGAUGUACAACGGACGGCCAAACAUGUUGCGAAUAGCCUCCUUCCAGCUAGUGGAUCUAACCGCCCAGACAGCCACAUGAUGUCCGCUCAUGCUCAUCGACAGAACGCGACAUAUUCGGCGACAGCGAUGGACCACAAAGGGGAUUUCAACUCUGGAAUCGCCCCAGACUCUCCCUGGUGGCGUAGUCCCCGUCUACCUAGUCCAGUGAGCGAGAGUGGGGAUGCUAUGACAAGCGGCAAAGACACCCCCAGCGAUGCGGAUAUGACAUUUAACACAUCUCUCCCCGCUUCUCCUCCCACAUAUCGCAUGGGGGGCGACGCAGCUGAUGUCGAGGAGCAGAUGUCAUUCUUGGACCUACCCGACCAAAGGCACAGAGGUCCCUUUUCUACCCCCAAGACCAACAAGAAACCGGCGUUUUCGAUGGGCUAUCGCACUGACUGUGAUAAAUGUCGGCGCAGAGUCCCUGGACAUUACAGUCAUAUUAUUCGAAGCGGGUGA